CAGGAAACAGGAAGCACAGGAUGUCAUGACGGCGAGUGAGAAACCCAGGGCACCAUGGCACCAUGCCGACAUCUGAUAGAACAGGAGGCUUGUCGAGGAACCAGAAGAUGACCCUGCUACUGUUGCUGGUUCUGACAGCUGGACUGGCCGGCCGGGUGCACUGCGAGGACGAAGAGGAGCAGGCUGGAGAUGGAGAAAUCCAAGAAGAAAGUGAAAUCACCCCUACUGAAGAAGAUGGGGUACCCGCAGGCACCUCAGAAAAUGAUGGAAACGAGACUGUGGAGGAUACUACACUCUCUGGAUCAGGAGAGCUGACCCCUCAGCUCCCAGGAGGUCCUGGUGGCAUUGGCCGUUCAUUUGAUAGCACUGAUGAACCCAUGAGCACAGUGGAACCUACCCCCAAUCCCGAGGGCGACCUGAGCGCUGCUAUCAUCAUAGUUCCCUUUGUACUUCUCCUGCUGAUCGGCGUGGCUGCGGUCGCGUUCUUCAUCAGCCGGAGGAGGACCAAGAAACAGCACGCCAGCUCCGAUCACAUGAAAGACGAUGAAGUCUUCACCAGCUGCGACACGGAAAAGGUACCGAUGCCCAUGUUUGAGGAUGACGUCCCUUCUGUACUAGAGCUAGAGAUGGAAGACCUGGAGAAAUGGAUGAUAAAAGAUCCUGGAGGAAUUUGCUUGGAAACCAUACAAGAAAACUAAUACCGGUGAUGUCCUAAUGUUCUGAGUGCAGCGCUCCGGAGGUGACCCGAUUUGAUGAGAUCCUGUUCUCUCUACAGGGUAAACCGAGGGGUGGUGGGUGCUGUCUCCGCCUUCUGCGAUGUCACCAAGCCACUGUGGGUGAUGUCAUUCUCUCAGCACGCGUGAUGCACUGUGUGCCUCUGAUCCCAUUCACCCUGGAUGUUUCCUCAGUGUUAAUUCAGCCACAUGACCAAGGCAACACCAUCCAGGGUGAUUUAGAUUCUGUUACUUUAAUAUAUGUGGAUUUACAUAACUGGACACCAACAUGAAGAAAUAAGCAUGAGCACCUAAAAGAGCUUGCAACACUUUCUGUGUGGCGAAUGCGAAACAGCGCUCAGACCUUCCCACUGCGUGACUCCCACACACAGACUGUGCCUCUGGGGUUGGGUGAUGUCGCAUUAAGACCGCGCCUCAGGCUUUCCACUGUAUCCUGGUUACAUGCCCUUGACAUACAGCUGCGUGUAUCUUUGUACCCGGAGGUAACACAGCAUUCUGAGACCUUGCUCCACUCAGGACUCUGCUUUUCUUUGCACGAACGUUGUCGUAUUUUGACGGAGAGCUUAUUUGUGUUUAAAUUCGGUCGCAUUUCGCUCGUUGUGACAUCGCUGUUGAUAUAUGCGGCUUUACCACUUCAGCUGAAGAAGCGGAGAGAAUGGGAUGAAUGUUGAAAAUGUUGCAAAAUUGCAGUAAUCCGUUUAUCUCUCUCUCUCUCUCUCUCUUCUUGGUCAGGAUACAAAUUAUUAUGCUAAUGUAGGAGUGUGAAAAAAAUAUGCUUUGAUUUGCAUUACUUCAUUAGCUCACUGCCUUUUUAAAGUAGAGCAUCUCUCGUGAAAAUUCCCCUAAUUUCAAGGGUUGUUUCAUGAAUGAUCAAAAAAAGGUUCUGCUGGAAAAUGUGAACACAUGACAACUGUACAGUAUAUACACAAUGGAACACAUGGUAGCUGCAGUGUGCUUGUGAUGUAACACAUGGUGACUGCAGUGUGCCUGCAAUACAUGCUGACUGUGCAGUGAGUUUGCGUUGUAACAGACAGUGACUGUGAAGUGUUCUUAUGUUGUAACAUAUGGAGGCUGUAGUGUGCUUGUGAUGUAACACAUGGUAUUUGUAUUGUAUGCUUUCUGAAGCUGUUUAGUAUGCAGGAUGUAAGGUCUCCUCUCCCAUCAGCCACACCUGUCAAAAUAAUUUCUGAAAUCUCAGAUUUCAUGAGGAUCCCAAUAUCCGUAAAAUCAAAAUUAACACUGGACUGGCAGAGUAUAAAUAUUCUGUCAUGUCCCCAAUUAGACUUAUGCUUUAACUUUGCGAGCUUGUUCUGGGUCUGGUAGAGUCUCUAAAUGGUGUGUCAAAGCCAUGGACUACAUUUCAAUAGGUAGCCUCUUUAUUAAUGGUGUAUUUCUUGUAGUGUAGUGAAUGUGGUUUGAAGCAUGGAUUCCAUACACAGUCUCCUAUCUGCACACUAAUUAUGUCCUUUUUCAGCAAAUUCUGUGGCACAACAGGGUAUCACUGUGUAAACCUGGAGUGCUUGUACCCUUAAUAACAGCAUGAUUCAGCCAAGCAAUUUUGUAUAUCAGAGUUUAUUGUUGUUUGGCAUGUUUUUGUUCAUAUGUUGGAGAUUUUCACUUGUAAAUAGAAAGUAAAAAAAAAAUCUAAAUUCUUCAGACAUAUGUUGUAAUUUAGAGGUCAUUGUUUUGUUUAUGUCAGUGGAAUGUCAAGCGCAUUUCUAUGCAUGCAAUGACUUAGAAAGCUAUGGUCCUCGAAUGACUCACUAUUAUCAGGUGAAUAUGCAUUAUGCAUUUGAUUUAUGAGAAACUGAACAGAAAGCCACAGUAAAAGGCAGUAAAAUAUCAGUGUAUCAAAGGCAAUGUGAAAGUCCCAUGUCGCAAUAGGCCUUUGUUCUGUGUUAAGGGGCGUAAGGUGUACGUGUGACUGCCUCUUGUCGUUGGCCCGAUCUGCUCUAGCGUGCGUGACAUGUCUGUGAGCCGUCACCCCCGCCAGCUGAUCCCGACGGCGAAACCCGGGGCUCCGAGUCCCUCAUUUCCACUGGGCGCUCUGCGCAGAUGUGCAUCGCUGGGUAGUAAUGGAAUUCAUAUGAGCCGACAAUGGGAACAAGGACAGAGAGCGGCCGGAGCAAUGCAUAUAAAUAAGGAGCACAUGACAGGAUAAAUGGGCUCCAUAUUCUUUCCCUUUGCCUGCUGCCAGUCCUGGGCAUUGAGAAUUAUUCUGCCCAAAAAAACAACAAAAAAAAAGAGCUCAUGGUCUUAUUUUAUGCUGCUGUGGAUUUUUACGCUCUUCACCUGAGAAUAGAGUGUUGGCCAAAAACUCUGCAGGAGCCUUUUCCAAAAUUAUCCUCCAAAUGAUCCAUUUCAAUCCUCACUCUUUGAACAAGCGUUAGGAUUUUCUAACGAUUUAACUGAGUUAAGAUUUUUGCUGCCUUUUAUUUAAUUCUUUUGUAUUGAAUGUUGGAUCGCUGUCAGAUUUCUUGUUCAGAUUACUGCAGGGAUUCGUUCUCACUGGAAUGUAAAUAUUUUUUAUUAACUUCUCUUUCAUAAUUUUUCCCUCUGCUUUGUUUGA